CACAGCAACUUGGGCAGGACCCCCGAGGGGACCCGGAGCCCGGCGGCUAUGCCCGCUGGCCCGCUCCUGGCUAGCCGUCCAUCCUGCAUCCCAGCCCGACCCCCGACGGCUGCGACGUGUUGAGAUGACUUUCCGCGACCUCCUGAGUGUCACUUUCGAGGGACCCCGCCCGGACAGCAGCGCCCCGGGCUCCAGCGCGGGCGGCAGCGGGGGCGGCGCGGGUGGCACGGUCGCCCCGGAGGGCCCGGCGGUGGGCGGCGUGCCGGGGACCACGGGAGGCGGCGGCGGCGUGGUGGGCUCGGGCAGCGGCGAGGACAACCAGAGCUCGGCUGCGGAGCCGGGGGGCGCCGCGGGCCCGGGGGGCGAGGUGAAUGGCACGGCGGCCGUCGGGGGGCUGGUGGUGAGUGCGCAGGGCGUGGGUGUGGGCGUGUUUCUGGCCGCGUUCAUCCUCACCGCGGUGGCGGGCAACCUGCUUGUCAUCCUCUCGGUGGCCUGCAAUCGCCACCUGCAGACGGUCACCAACUAUUUCAUCGUGAACCUGGCCGUGGCCGACCUGCUGCUGAGCGCCACCGUGCUGCCCUUCUCGGCCACUAUGGAGGUGCUGGGCUUCUGGGCCUUUGGCAGGGCUUUCUGCGACGUGUGGGCCGCGGUGGACGUGCUGUGCUGCACGGCCUCCAUCCUCAGCCUCUGCACCAUCUCGGUGGACCGCUACGUGGGCGUGCGCCACUCGCUCAAGUACCCAGCCAUCAUGACGGAGCGCAAGGCGGCCGCCAUCCUGGCGCUGCUCUGGGUGGUGGCCCUGGUGGUGUCGGUGGGGCCGCUGCUGGGCUGGAAGGAGCCAGUGCCCCCCGAUGAGCGCUUCUGCGGCAUCACGGAGGAGGCAGGCUACGCCGUCUUCUCCUCCGUGUGUUCCUUCUACUUGCCCAUGGCCGUCAUCGUGGUCAUGUAUUGCCGCGUGUACGUGGUGGCGCGCAGCACCACGCGCAGCCUCGAGGCGGGGGUCAAGCGCGAGCGGGGCAAGGCCUCCGAGGUGGUGCUUCGCAUCCACUGUCGCGGCGCAGCCGCGGGCACCUCCGACGGGGCACCUGGGACCCGGAGCACCAAGGGCCACACCUUCCGAAGCUCGCUCUCCGUGCGCCUGCUCAAGUUCUCCCGAGAGAAGAAAGCAGCCAAGACGCUGGCCAUCGUCGUGGGUGUCUUUGUGCUCUGCUGGUUCCCCUUCUUCUUCGUGCUGCCCCUGGGCUCCUUGUUCCCACAGCUGAAGCCAUCUGAGGGCGUCUUCAAAGUUAUCUUCUGGCUGGGCUACUUCAACAGCUGUGUAAACCCGCUCAUCUACCCCUGCUCCAGCCGCGAGUUCAAGCGCGCCUUCCUCCGCCUCCUGCGUUGCCAGUGUCGCCGGCGUCGCCGCCGCCGGCCCCUCUGGCGGGUCUAUGGCCAUCACUGGCGAGCCUCGACCAGCGGCCCCCACCCCGAUUGCAUCCCCAGCCCGGGCGCCGCGCCCCCCGGGGCCUCUCUGGCCCUUACCGCUCCCCCGGCUCCCGGCUCCCCAGGGGCGCACGAGGUUCCAGCUCCCGUGUCCGGCCGUCGAAAAGCUCCCUGCGCCUUCCGCGAGUGGAGGCUGCUCGGGCCUCUGCGGAGACCCACCACCCAGCUGCGCGCCAAGGUCUCCAGCCUGUCCCACAAGAUCCGCGCCGGGGGCGCGCAGCGCGCAGAGCCCACGGGCGCCCUGCGCUCCGAGGUGGAGACUGUGUCCCUUAGCGUUCCCCAAGAUCUGGCCGAGGGCGCCACCUGCCCGGUCUACGACUUGGCGGAUUACAGCAACCUCCGGGAGACCGAUAUUUAAGGAUUC